AUAUCGACAGAUUUUUCACCUAGUUAACGCAAGGAUUCAAACCAGCGACCUUUCGGUUUCUGGCCCAAUGCUCUAAUCGCUAGGCUGCCUGCCACACCGUUACUACAUUCUGUCAGAUCUUUCACUUCCCUUUUAUGUGAUUUGUUUUCUUAUGGUUAAAUAUUGGCCAGAUCAUUUUGUUUUUCUAUGACAAAAACAUUAUAGCGGUAUUAUGAUACUACUUGAAACUGUGAUACCUGAUGCUGGUACCAUGACAACAGUACAACCUAUCAUUCUCCUACUCUAAAGCCAAUAAUAAGUGUUCUGAAACUUGUAAAUUGCAAGUUAGAGAGACACCCCCCCCCCGCCCAAAUGAAGGAAGUGAAUCACAAGGCUGGUCUCGGAACAAUACAGGAAAAGAGCUGUCAACUCCAGUUGCCUUUUUUUGGGUUGGUGACUAGGAUGUGUGGGGACAGCUGCCCAGCCUCAGUGAGUAUUUGACUGAAGAUGAAGAUUAUCUUUCUCUUGAUUCUUCUAUUAGAUGACCCUGAGAUGGAAGCACAACAGAGGACGGUGGUGAAUGGACAAGCGCUGCUGAGAUUUGUCUUUCCUCCUUUCUACAAUGGUUAUGAGAAGUUCUGUUCUAAACUAAAUCCCUGGGGACUUUCUGUUGUUGUGAAUACCAGAGGAUAUGUCAACGACUUCUACAAGGGAAGAGUAUCCACAACAGAAUACAACGGUGGGAUGGACGUUAUGAUAUGGAGUUUAAAGCCAGUGGACGCUGGCGACUACAGGUGUGCUAUUGUCACCAUUGGAUGGAAUCAUAUCUACAGUGACUAUAACCUUCAGAUUGAUAGUGAUCGGCGUAGAGGUCCUGUAUCCCCUCGACCUCCGGUCAGGUCAACCAUCAGCCCCUUCAUCUUCUCUUCCUCAUCAGACACCUCUGGGCCUGUUUUCACCAAGGACCACAGUGACAGCCCCAGUGUUCCCUGGAGCUUUGGUUUACCACUGGCUGCAGGUCUUUGUAUCGCUAUGGUGAUUGUGAUCAGCUCAGUAGUCCUUGUUGUGGUUCGUCACAAAAUCACCACGAAAAAGAAAUGUGGAGCAACUUCCAGUGACUCAGCUGCACACAUCCUCUCAGAUGUCCUUCAGGAGGAGAGCAGUAUUGUCUACACCACAGUGGACUUCAAGCCUCAUAAGAACCAUACCACUGAGCUGUAUGCUAACCUACAGACACUCCGCAGCCCCAGAACCCCCSACGCACACAGAGAGCCUGCUGGGACAGUGGUGUACUCCACACUGGCUAGCAACCGACGCUGAACCGGAUGAUCUUUCUGAUGAUCCCAGAACUGUUUGUGUUGUCUUGAUAUGUUGUUAUGACCAGGCUAUCUGUAUCUUGCUUCAAUGUGGAUAAUUAAGUAUGAAAAUUGUGUUUAAAGCUAGAAUCUUUAGUUGCUACAUACAUUUUUGGGGAUCUUAUAAAUUCAUUAUAUAUAUACCCAUGAUUCUUGAAGAAAUAAACGAAUAGAUGCCUCAUGACCUUAGUUCAACUGUCGUCCCCCAUCAGAACCCAUAGCUCUUUUUUACUCCAAUGUUUGAAAACACAAACAUUGUUAUAACUCAACCUGGCUCUGUUCAAUCAGAUCCACUUUAGUCGAUAUCUGCAUAGUGGUUGUUUUUGCGGUGUUGGAGGUGGAACUGCUUGCAGGGUUAUCAAAUCCACAAGCGGCUCCGGGCAUUAUACCUAAAGGUGGACAUUGCCAUUGGCUGCACGGAGUCGCAAUAAUGAAUACCCACGCAGCUUUGUUUUACAAGUUUGAAACACUGCAAUGUGAGAUGUAAUCUACACCAGAGAUUAGGCUGAUAAUUAUUUUUUAAUUUGA